CAUAACAACCCGAAACGUAAAGGAAAAUCCCCUCUUGUCCAACUGCGCUAUACUUGUAACCAAACAUAGGGCUAGGGCUAGGGUUCCUCCGUCGUUGUAGUUUUCUACCGGCCGAAAAUUGAAGUACUCGAGCUCCGCUCUCAGUAGAAUUUUGCAUACGACCAUGUCUCUCCCGCCCGUAGAGCGUGCGUACGUCACAGAUGACUGCCUUCGUCAAUGGAAGAAUGGAAACCCUAGUUUCAAGCUCCCGGACCCUGUUCCGAUGCUUCGAUUUCUCUACGAGCUCUGUUCCACCAUGGUAUGUGGGGAACUGCCGCUUCACAAGUGUAAAGCGGCCUUGGAUUCGGUUGAGUUCUCCGACGAGGUUUCGGACCAAGACUUGCCUUCCUGUUUUGUGGAUAUCAUCACCCAAUUGUCUCAAGAUAUUAGAAUGCCUGGAGAGGAUCGUGUUCGUCUAGUAAAAUUGGCCAAAUGGUUGGUGGAAUCUUCCUUAGUUCCGUUGAGACUUUUCCAGGAGCGCUGUGAGGAAGAAUUUUUGUGGGAGGCUGAAAUGAUCAAGAUAAAGGCUCAGGAAUUGAAGAGUAAAGAGGUCAGAGUAAAUACCCGUCUUCUAUAUCAGCAAACAAAAUUUAACCUUCUCCGAGAAGAGAGCGAGGGCUAUGCCAAGCUGGUUACUCUUCUUUGCCAAAACUCAGAAACUUCAUCACACAAUGCAGCAGCAACAAUAGGAAUUAUAAAGUCAUUAAUUGGGCAUUUUGAUCUGGACCCAAAUCAUGUUUUCGAUAUUGUUUUGGAGUGCUUUGAACUUCAACCAGAUAGUGAUGUCUUUUUGGAGCUGAUACCAAUUUUUCCAAAGUCUCAUGCUUCACAAGUCCUUGGUUUCAAAUUUCAAUACUAUCAGCGUUUGGAAGUAAAUAGUCCAGUACCAUUUGGACUUUAUAAGCUAACAGCUUUGCUGGUGAAAGAGGACUUUAUUGAUCUUGAUAGCAUAUAUGCUCAUCUACUUCCGAAGGACAAUGAGGCAUUUGAGCAUUAUAGUGCUUUCUCUUCCAAGCGACUUGAUGAGGCUAAUAAAAUUGGUAAAAUAAAUCUUGCUGCAACCGGGAAGGAUCUGAUGGAUGAUGAGAAACAAGGAGAUGUGACAAUAGAUUUUUUUGCCGCUUUAGACAUGGAAACAGGUGCAGUUUGUGAGCGGUCUGCAGAGUGUGAAAAUAAUCAAACUUUGGGCUUGCUUACUGGUUUUCUUUCCGUAGAUGACUGGUACCAUGCACAUCUACUAUUUGAGCGGCUCUCACCUCUCCAUCCUGUUGAACAUAUUCAAAUCUGCGACAGCUUGUUUAGGCUCAUUGAAAAAUCAAUCUCUUCUGCUUAUGACACUGUUCGUCGAGCACAUCUUCCAAUAUUUGGGGCUUCCUCAGGAACUAGUAUUGAUGUGAUGAAUACAGAAAAUGCAUCAAUCCAUGGAUCAUUUAUAGAACUUCCAAAAGAACUUUUUCAGAUGCUUGCUUGUGCUGGACCAUAUCUUUAUCGUAAUACUUUGUUGCUGCAGAAGGUAUGUAGAGUAUUGAGAGGUUAUUACUCGUCUGCGCUUCAGCUUGUAAACAGUGGUGAAGGACUCAUAGAUCCCAAUCAUGUUUUUGGAGGUAAUCCUCGUCUGCAUCUUAAGGAAGCAAGGUCAAGGAUAGAGGAAGCUUUGGGAACAUGUCUACUUCCUUCUUUACAAUUGGUACCUGCAAAUCCAGCUGUUGGACAGGAGAUCUGGGAAGUGAUGAAUCUACUUCCCUAUGAGGCGCGGUAUCGUUUAUAUGGUGAGUGGGAGAAAGAAGAUGAGCAGAUUCCUAUGGUUUUAGCUGCAAGACAAACAGCCAAGUUGGACACAAGAAGAAUUUUGAAACGGCUUGCAAAAGAAAAUUUGAAGCAGCUGGGUCGGAUGGUUGCAAAAUUAGCUCACGCAAAUCCAAUGACUGUACUAAGAACAAUUGUUCAUCAGAUUGAGGCGUACAGAGAUAUGAUUGCUCCUGUUGUAGAUGCAUUUAAGUAUUUGACUCAGCUGGAGUAUGACGUUUUGGAAUAUGUUGUCAUUGAGCGUCUGGCUCAAGGAGGUCGUGACAAGCUAAAAGAUGAUGGACUUAAUUUGUCAGACUGGCUUCAAUCUUUGGCUUCAUUUUGGGGUCACUUGUGUAAGAAAUACCCAUCUAUGGAAUUGAGGGGGCUUUUCCAGUAUCUUGUGAACCAACUAAAAAAGGGCCAAGGAAUUGAACUGGUUCUCCUCGAGGAGCUUAUUCAGCAAAUGGCAAAUGUCCAUUACACUGAGAAUCUGACUGAUGAUCAACUGGAUGCCAUGGCAGGCAGUGAGACGCUGCGUUAUCAGGCAACUUCUUUCGGUGUUACUCGUAAUAACAAGGCACUAAUCAAGUCCACCAACAGGCUAAGAGACUCACUGCUACCAAAGGAUGAAUCCAAGUUGGCAAUCCCCCUUCUAAUACUUCUUGCUCAGCAUCGUUCUGUGGUCAUAAUAGAGGCAAAUGCACCGUACAUCAAGAUGGUUAGUGAACAGUUUGAUAGAUGUCAUGGAACCCUCCUUCAAUUUGUGGAAUUUCUUUGCAGUGCUGUGACACCGGCAUCGGCUUAUGCUCAGCUAAUUCCUUCGCUUGAUGAUCUUGUUCACAAAUACCAUCUUGAUCCAGAGGUUGCUUUCUUAAUUUAUCGCCCUGUAAUGAGGCUCUUCAAGUGCCAAGGGAGUUCUGAUGUCUUCUGGCCUCUAGACAAUAUUGACACUCAAAGUAUCACGUCUGCAAGUUCAGAGUCUGAAGCUACAGAGCAUUCUGGAAAUGUGGUUCUGGAUCUUGGGUCUCCAUGGAAGCCUAUAACGUGGUCGGAUCUUCUUAGUACUGCUGAAAGGAUGCUGCCUUCAAAAUCCUGGAAUAGCCUGUCACCUGAUCUCUAUACUACAUUUUGGGGGCUCACGCUCUAUGAUCUUUAUGUCCCUAGAAAUUGUUAUGAGGCUGAAAUUGCAAAGCAGCAUGCUGCUCUUAAAGCUCUGGAAGAGAUUUCUGAUAAUUCAAGUUCAGCAAUAACCAAACGGAAGAAAGAAAAAGAAAGAAUUCAAGAAUCCCUAGAUCGCCUGACUAGCGAACUCCGUAAGCAUGAAGAAAACGUCGCAUCUGUUCGUAAACGCUUAUCUCGGGAGAAGGACAAAUGGUUGAGUUCUUGCCCUGAUACUUUGAAGAUCAACAUGGAGUUCCUUCAGCGUUGUAUAUUUCCACGCUGUACUUUCAGUAUGCCAGAUGCUGUGUAUUGUGCCAUGUUUGUGCACACUCUUCAUUCCCUUGGGACACCAUUUUUUAACACAGUCAACCACAUUGAUGUUCUCAUCUGUAAAACCUUGCAGCCUAUGAUAUGCUGCUGUACUGAAUAUGAAGUAGGUAGACUUGGGAAGUUUCUCUGUGAGACGUUGAGGAUUGCUUACUAUUGGAAGAGCGACGAAUCUAUUUAUGAACGCGAAUGUGGAAACAUGCCAGGCUUUGCUGUAUAUUAUAGAUAUCCAAAUAGCCAGAGAGUUACUUAUGGCCAGUUCAUCAAGGUUCACUGGAAAUGGAGUCAAAGGAUUACAAAGUUAUUGAUUCAAUGUCUGGAAUCAACCGAGUACAUGGAAAUUCGAAAUGCACUCAUAAUGUUGACAAAAAUAUCUAGUGUUUUUCCAGUUACUCGAAAAACUGGGAUUAAUCUUGAAAAACGGGUUUCCAAGAUAAAGGGUGACGAGAGAGAGGACCUCAAGGUGCUGGCAACAGGUGUCUGUGCCUCUCUUGCUGCUAAAAAGCCUUCAUGGGUUUCAGAUGAGGAAUUUGGUAACGGACAUCUUGAUUUAAAGAAUGGACAAAAUGGGUCAAAGUCUUCUGCUGGUAAUUCAAUAGCUGCACAGGGUGAACCUAUGGGAGGAAGAGUUGGAGCUGUACCCUCCCAACACUCGGAUUCAACGAACUCAGGCAAAGACCCGACUCUAAAAAGAAAACUUGUAGAUGGGAGGUUGGAAAGAGGUGAAAGUAGCCCAACUGCAAAAUCUGAUCAAGGGCAUGUAAAACUUAAAGCUAGCUCAUCGGUGAAUGGGUCAGAUGCGAAGCCAUCAAUAACCUCAGCUGCUUUCCAACCUGCAACGGCAAGAUCUAUUGAAAAUAAAAAACAAGUGAAUGAAUUCUCGAAUAAAGCCUCAGAUGAAAACAUGGGAAAAGCUGCACCAAAGAACUCUACAGAAUCUGAGUUGAGAGCUCAAGCAAAACGGUCAGUUCCUACUGGAUCACUUACUAAGCCGCUGAAACAAGAUGUUGCAAAAGAUGAUAGUAGAUCUGGAAAAGCAAUUGGCAGAACUUCUAGUAUGAGUGACAGAGAUAUUCCGUCCCAUGCAUCAGCUGGGACUUCAAAUGUUUCCUCUUCCGCCACAGUAAAUGGUAACACAGAUUCAGCGUCAGCUAAAGGUUCAGCUUCAUUUGCGAGGACUGACAUUCAUGGUACUGAAUCAAAGGUGGAGGUUACAGCUGCAAAAUCUUCGAAUACAAGGAUUUCUGCUCCGAAGGAAGAUGGUGGUGAAAAUUCUGAUGCACCAAGGCCCCAUUCUUCUCGACUUGUCCACUCUCCUAGGCAUGAUAAUUCUGCUGCUGCUGCAAAAUCUAGUGAUAAGCUGCAAAAGAGAACCAGUCCUGAAGAAACUGACAGACAGAGCAAACGGCGGAAAGGGACAACUGAAGUGAGAGAUUUUGAGGGCGAAGCUCGAGUGUCAGACCGAGAGAGGUCUGUUGAUGCUCGACUGUUGGAUCCUGAAAAUUCAGGUACUGAUCAUCAAAGUGUUCACAAGGCCACUGAUAAGCCUUCUGACCGGUCCAAAGAUAAGGGCAAUGAAAGACAUGAAAAGGAUUAUAGGGAAAGAUUGGAGCGUCCUGAAAAGUCGCGUGGAGAUGAUUUGAAUGAGAGAUCCAGGGACAGGUCAAUGGAGAGACAUGGAAGGGAGCGUUCAGUAGAGAAACUUCAGGAGAGGGGUAUGGAUAGGAAUUUGGAUAGACUUCCUGACAAAUCUAAGGAUGACAGAGGUAAAGUAAGGUACAAUGAUGUAUCAGCGGAAAAAUCUCAUGUUGAUGAUCGAUAUCAUGGACAAAGCUUACCUCCGCCACCACCCUUACCUCCUCACAUGCUUCCACAUUCUGUUAGUUCUGCUAAAAGAGAUGAAGAUGAAGAUAGAAGGUUUGGAACUACAAGGCAUACUCAGAGGCUUUCCCCGAGGCAUGAUGAGAAGGACCGUAGACGAUCUGAAGAUAAUUCCUUAAUUUCUCAAGAUGAUUCAAAACGUAGAAGAGAAGAUGAUUUUCGAGAAAGAAAGCGCGAAGAUCGUGAGGGGCUGUCAAUAAAGGUAGAGGAGCGGGAACGGGAGAGGGAGAGAGAGAGGGAGAAAGCAACCCUCUUGAAGGAGGAUACAGAUGCAACUGCGGCUUCUAAGAGGCGGAAACUUAAAAGAGAGCAUCUGCCUUCCGGGGAAGCAGGUGAGUAUUCACCAGUUCCCCCUCCACCUCCUCUUUCAAUUAGUUUGUCCCAGUCAUACGAUGGAAGGGAUAGGGGAGACCGAAAAGGACCCAUUGUCCAGCGGUCAGGUUACUUGGAGGAACCAAGUCCGAGGAUUCAUGGUAAAGAAGUACCCAGCAAAAUGGCUCGUCGUGACACUGACCCGAUGUAUGAAUGGGAGGAUGAGAAAAGGCAAAGAGCUGAACAAAAGCGAAGGCAUCGGAAGUGAUGUGCGUAGAGUUUCGGUCACUUGUGGUACAUCCACCUCCUUUUAAUGUGGUGAGUUUCGUUCUUUUGGUUUGUGACAGAUCGGUUGGUAGUAGAGGCAAAGGCACGGGAAGUGAUGUGCUGAAACUCUUUGGUUUGUUACAGAUCUGUUGUGGUAAUUUCUUUCAUGGCAAACGGCCUUUCGUCCUAACGUCACUAUUGGGUAGUGAUAACUUCAUUCUUGUCAUGAUGUACAAUAUUGUAAAUUCCGCAAUUGUACAGAGUUGAAGUAAAAUUAUCUGUACCUUGGAACUUUGAAAGGAAAAUCGGGAAGCCCCGAGUUCUGUCGAUAAACGUUCCAUUUUUUC